AGAACAAUGAACACAGUAAUUCUGAAUCAAUCAAAGGUUGGUCUUAAUGAUUCAACUAUGAGCAAAUCAUCUCGAAGCAUCUACAAAUACAGCUUUAAGUUCACAGCAUUAAAUCUGAAGAGUUUAACUAAGAAGAGUGCCAGUUUAGGACUCUGUCUGCAGAUUGAUUCACAGAAGAAAGGCAAAUAAAUUAAAAUCACUGUUCAAGAAGGAUCAGCUAGAAAUUGAUAUUCCUCUGAUUAAAGAUGCAAAAAAAGGAUUCCUGAGAAAGAAUGUCGUUUUUAAGGUAUUGAUGAAAUCUAGUAAAAAUAAUGCUAAGAUUAUUGGACAAGCCAUUUGUAAUGUUGCUGAUCUUAUCUAUCCUCCUGAUAAGAAUACUAUACCUUUUGAGCAAAGAAUUAAUCUCAAAUUUGUAAACUCUUUAGGACAAGUUAGUUGUUUAAAAGAUUAUGUCACUCUUAAUCUAAAUGUCAAAUCGACCUUCAACGGUGGCUCUGGAAAAUAUGGGACUUCAAAAUCUAUCUUUGGUGGUCUUGAAAAGGGAGGGCAUUUUAACUUUGAAACUGCUUCUCAAAUCCCUGAUGAUAUUUCUAAUAUAACAGAAAGCUUUGCAUUUGACUUUGAUGAGUCUAUGCAAAUGGACAGUAAUUUUGGAUCAGAUCUAUUUGAAGAGAGUCCAAUUCGGUACAGCACAAAUAAAAAGGAAGAGACUUCUCCAGACUUAAAGAACUUAAAAAGUGCAUCAAUGAAAGUUGAUUCGAACAUAAUUGAUCUCAGUGAAGGUUCCAGGACAACAAGAAACCAAGAUAGUCCAAAGAAGAAAUACAAAAAGAUGGAACUUGGAAAUACACAAAGAGUUUCAUUAUUAUCUCAAAAACUCUCUGAUGAUACUGCAAACAGCUCCCACUUAAGGCAGCAUUCGAAUUGAGGAGAUAUUAACAGUGAGAAAUCAAAUAUUGAAAGAGACAGCACUUACCUAAUCAUGAAAGAGCAAUUUGAAAGAGAGAAGAACAACUGUAAAAUUGUAAAUAAUCAGAAUGAAGCUCUUCUUCUUCAGAAAGCUGAUUUAUUACACAAAAUUACUCAGCUCCAAGACCAGCUUAAAUCUUCUGAGGAGACACAGAGAAAUUUAAACAAUGAGAAUGAAGCUCUCAAGUCUAAAAACGAAGAACUAAUAAACUCUCAAUAUGCAAAUGCUAGUGAUAAGCUAAGUAUGCUAGCGAAUGAGUUAGAGGCUAAGGAAGAAGAAAUGAAAUCUGCUCUUGCUGAUAAAUCUCUUGAGAUUCAACAAAUCAAGACCGUUCUCGAUGCGAAGCAAUCUCAGAUAUCUAAAAUGAAUGCAACUCUUGAACUGAAGGACAGUAGAAUAAAGACACUUGAAGGAAACAUCAAGCUGCUAGAGGGAGAAGUUAAGUCAAAGAGCAAGGAAAUAUCCACUUUUGAGUAUUCAACUAAAAAUCAAAUCGAGAGUUCGGUGAAAAAGAGAGAUGAGAAAAUCAAUGAAAUGAGAAAUGAUAUUUCAAUGAAAAUCAUCAGGCUGAAAAAGCUUGAAGAGAAAGUUGCAGACCUGACUAAACAGCUUGAGCAGGAAAAGGAAGGGGCUUCAAAGAAGGAGAAAACAAUGCAAGAGACCAUAAAUGAGCUCAAGAAGUAUAACCAAGAGACUACUCAAAUGUACAAAUCAAAGCUAUUCCAAGCAGAAAACGAGCUAGAGAUUGUCAAGAAGGAUAUUGAAUCCCAAAAGAAUAGGAUAUAUACUGCUGUUGAUAGUGUUAAGGCUGACCUAAACUUAAAGAUAUCUGAAAGAGAUGUCGUAAUCGAAAAGAUGAAGAAUCAGAUAUCUAUAAUGAAAUCUAAACAGAAUUCAAAUCAAAGUCAGGAGAGACACUGGGUUAUCGAAUCAAACUUACGUGAUAUCAUUUCUGAACACAAGCAAAAGCUGAUUCAAGAGAAAACUCAAAGAGAGAAAAUAGAGAAAGAGUUAGAGAUGUACUCCCAAAUGUUGAUUAAGAUUAAGGCCGAGUGGGCUAACUGAGAGCAUGAGAAAGAAAUCAUAAAGUUUGAAUCUCUGAAAAAAGAUGAGCUUAUUGAAGAAUAUGAGACAGAGUACAAUUACCUAGAGAAAGAAUACCAGAAGCUAAUGAAAACUGCUAAAUAG